AUCGGCGUGAGUAUUGUGUGAACACGAGCUUUGACAGGUCGUGCGUACAAUGUCAAAAUUCAUAUGGACUGCUCUAAUACUGUGUGAAUAGUUGCAACGAAAUCUCAACAUUAAAAUGAGACACGCAAAAUUCAUAUCACGUACCGUUUUGGUAAGAAACAAUAAUAUUGAGCAAGCGACUUCGUUAUUGAAUAGAAUUAUGAGUCGUGAAGGAAUGUUCGACAUUCAUCGACGCAAUGAAUUCUAUGAGAAACCAUGUCAAACACGACGACGCGUCAAUUAUGAACGUUGCAAAGCAUUCUACAACGAGGACAUGAGACGAAAAAUUCAAUUUGUUUUGCGAAAAAAUCGAGUCGACCCUUUUCCGGGAUGCUGAACAAAUGGCAUUUAUGUUAGACACAAAAAACAAAUAGUUUCCAUCAUACAAAUAAAAUAAUAGAAUAAAAAAUA